UCACAAAAGUAGUUUGUAAACAAAAAUAAUCCGGUGCACCGGCAGUUGGUGCAUGUCGUUGAUGUUCGAUUUCAGUUGCAGGUUGUGGUACAUCAGUGUACUACUGUCCUGAGCUAGCUUUUCUUCCUAGUGGCGUUGCAAGUAGCCACCAUUGGGGGCAGAAUAGUGCCGGGACCCCAACUCAGUUGAGCUAGCCACACCAUCACCGUGAUAACUGCUUGACUCGCCGGCUUGGUGUGACCAUCCACAUGCAAGUCACAUUUGCAGAAACUAACUUCAAGGGGAAUGAUUUGUAGAAUUGUUGAAAAUUAACCAAGAGAAACUUACUUGCAACGAUGAUUGAUGGUCAUUGUCACAUAUCGGAUGUAGCAUUCGAUCAUGACAGGGAGGCAGUGCUGCAGCGCGCUAGCGAUGCUGGUGUCGCAGCAGUAGUGGCUGUGACAGAGAGUUUUGCUGACUUCGAUGCUGUAUUGGGAUUCGCUGAAGGUCACAGUGGUCCUUAUGGCGGCGGCUUGGUCGUUGCGCCUUGCCUUGGUGUGCAUCCAGUACAAAGUGAUGCAGAAACUGGUCAACAACGCAGUGCACGCUUGGAAGAUCUUGAGAAUGUGCUUCAAGCAAUCCGUUCGAACAGUGCACGAUUAGUAGGAAUUGGUGAAGUGGGUCUAGACUUCCAGCCACGCAUUGCCUCAAGCAGUGUAGAGAAGGACAGUCAAAAGGCAGUGCUGAAAGCACAAGUGGAACUGGCCAAGGAGUUGGGCCUUCCGCUCAACGUCCACUCACGGUCUGCGGGACGGCCGACGAUUGAAUUCUUGAAGGAAUGCAAUGCCAAGGACGUGGUGCUUCAUGCGUUUGACGGCCGAGCAGCGAUUGUGCGUUCUGGUGUAGACGCCGGAUAUUUCUUCUCAGUUCCACCGAGUAUUGUACGCUCGGAGCAAACGCAGAAACUUGUGAAUGUGGUGCCGCUUAAUCAGCUACUUCUGGAGACAGAUAGUCCUGCGCUGGGGCCUGAAAAGCAGGGUCGAAACGAGCCGUGCAAUCUGAAGAUCAGCUGUGAAGAGAUUGCACGCAUCAAAGGCGUGUCGAUUGAAGAAGUUAGAAAAAUCACAAUGCAGAAUACGCUGAAGCUGUUCUCAAGGCUAAGAACUAUAUGUCCUAGAUUGUGAAUGCCAAGAGAGCUCUUUGGAUGCCCAUCUCAUAGAAUUAGUCUGCUGCCGGGGUGAUACGUGUGGUGUUCAACCAAUGAAUCUGUGGAGGCAUGCUGGCCAUGAGCACUGCUGCUGCAGGAGCAGUUUCACUCAGAUCGCCAUCGCCACUGACACCCAGCAACACGGUGACUACAGCUACAGUGCAGCCUGAGCAGCUGUUCUCAGCAUGCUAUCACUCACUAGUGAUCCUGCCUCCCGCACUAUUAUGGCAGCCGGUGUGUUCCACAACCUAGGGAAAUGCAGGCAUGCAGUUCUGUACGUCUGUAUGCCUGCUGGACGCCAGCCACCAGUGUUCUGGACGAUGCCAUGUGCCCAGUGAAACAUUGUAGGAAAGGAUAACUCUGCUGGAGGAUAUUCACAUGGUCGCCACCAAGUGCAAGUAUGUGGAGGCAAGCGCAUACAGGCAACACAGUCACCGGCAACUUCUGUACCUUGCAAAGAGCUACUGUAUGCCAAAGCGCCUUUUAUCAUUGUAGUCACCACCGAGUGCGAAUGUGUGAAGGCAAAAGCAGCCGUGGAACACAGUCACAAGCGACUUCUGUACCUAGCAAUGGGCUAUGCCGAAUCGCCUUUC